AUGCUGCACGCGACUCUUAUUCUACUACAGUGCGUCACUCUGGCUUCAGCAAGGUCCAUGCUAAACUUCUACAGAGCUUCAGAACACACAGAGGUUAAUGGGAACCCAUCGGCAGUGAUUCAUCUCUCGCCCACAUCGACAACUGAGGUUGAAGAGGAUGUUGCACUAAAUGUUCCCCAUCCGAUCGCUUCUGACUCCAUUACCAACUUCGAUCGAAAAACACAAUCGAAUGUCGUGUCAAGUACACUAGAUCGUACAGAACACGACGUUGAGAACAGGAAACUGCCUAUUCUCAGAGCUGAAAUUGAUGCAGUAAAGUUGUUCGAUUCACCUCCUGCAGAACAAGACGUCGACAAGGGAGACGUUCUCUCCGAUGAUAAACAGAAGGAAGCUGAAAUUUCAAACCGGAAUCGCGAUGAUGAGAGUGCUCACCGCUCAGAAGCCGUUUUGAGAAGUAGUUCAGCAGAAGUUGAGAUGACACCGACAAAAGCUGUGCCUACACUCAUGCUCUCAACAACGACGAGUGUGGUGACAACUGCCCGAUCUGAAGCAGCAAAUGAUAUGGAGGGAGUAGUCAGCAAAAAAACGGAAAACGAACUGACCGGCGAAAACAUUUUAGAAAGUGAAGUAGACAUCGUAGAGCACGAUGUCAUAGAAUUGCCCAGUCCCAAGACAUUGCUUCUACGUGAUAAGAUGCCGAAGGUAAUUAGUAGCAUCUCUUUAAACGAACUCACGAAUGGAAGUGCUCAAGUUACUUUUAUUGACGAAGCGAGGUUGCCAGAUGCCAGCAGUGUUCACAAUACGUUCGAUCCGAAGUCUUUUGAGGACGAAGACAGCGAUGUGUUCAACGAUCUCGACGAGAAGUCCAUAACACUGGAAUUCCAUGACGAUACCGCUAUUGCUACAACAAAAGCAGUGGAGAUUGAGCCUUCACCGUCCCCGAAAACGGCGCAAUCUUCCUUUAAAAAGGAAGGUGAGCUUUGA